AUGGGAGACAACGCAGCACGGACUAUGUCCGACAACCUCAUGCCCAUCAUAAUCACUACGCCAGCCACUACCAACGAUUCAGAGACUGCAUCCACCUCCGAAGGUGAUGAGGCUACUUUCACACAGGGACACAAUGAUCUCACAGCCAUAUCACCCAAAUGCGACAACAAGGUAACAUCACCGAACGAUAGUACAAGCAGCAAUGUGGGUGGGGCGGAGGUCAAAGGAAGUGAUGCUACCAAGCACAGGCUGCACAUGCUCAAGGCAGAUAACACGCAGAUGGCUGUGCACGCAGCCAGUUUACCAGAGGGAUUGGCUGGCCAUAGCCUGGAUACAACAAUACCCGACGGGUGA